GGGCUCUGAGGAGGCUGGAGCAGCAGGGACUACAUUUCCCAGAGUCCCCGGGGCCGGGGAGUGAGCCAUUGGAAGAUUUAAAUAGCCCAGGCCUGAGGCAGCCAGGCCACAGCUGUGCACGCGUCAGCCUCCCCGGUGGCUCCAUUGGCGCCGUUCGGCAUCGGUGGGCUCCAUUGGCUGCCCGGCUGGCGCUGACGUCCCCCCGGAGCCCGGGGGCAGCCAGAGGUAAACAGCCAUGUGCAAUCCCGCACUCCGUAUUUAACAGCUGCUGCGGGGAAGGCAGGGAGGCAGGGGGCGGCGGCGGCUCCCGGGGCCGCUCCUGUCUUCGGGGACCAGGCCUCGCAGCAGGGCUGGCACCAUGCCAGCCUCCCAGAGCCGCGCCCGGGCCCGGGACCGCAACAAUGUCCUCAACCGGGCGGAGUUCCUGUCCCUGAACCAACCCCCGAAGGGGGCCCCGGAGCCCCGCAGCUCGGGCAGGAAGGCCCCGGGCCCCUCGGCACAGCCCCCACCCCCGGGCGAUGGGGCCCGCGAGCGGCGCCAGUCCCAGCAGCUGCCCGAGGAGGACUGCAUGCAGCUGAACCCCUCCUUCAAGGGCAUCGCCUUCAACUCCCUGCUGGCCAUCGACAUCUGCAUGUCCAAGCGGCUGGGGGUGUGCGCCGGCCGCGCCGCGUCCUGGGCCAGCGCCCGCUCCAUGGUCAAGCUCAUUGGCAUCACGGGCCACGGCAUCCCCUGGAUCGGGGGUACCAUCCUCUGCCUGGUGAAGAGCAGCACACUGGCCGGCCAGGAGGUGCUCAUGAACCUGCUUCUGGCUCUGCUCCUGGACAUCAUGACGGUGGCCAGUGUCCAGAAGCUCAUCAGGAGGCGCGGCCCGUUUGAGACGAGCCCCAGCCUCCUGGACUACCUCACCAUGGACAUCUACGCCUUCCCCGCUGGGCACGCCAGCCGUGCGGCCAUGGUGUCCAAGUUCUUCCUCAGCCACCUAGUGCUGGCGGUGCCCCUGCGGGUCCUGCUGGUGCUCUGGGCCUUCUGCGUGGGCCUGUCGCGUGUGAUGAUCGGCCGCCACCACAUCACCGACGUCAUCUCGGGCUUCAUCAUUGGCUACUUCCAGUUCCGCCUGGUGGAGCUGGUCUGGAUGUCCUCCAACACCUGCCAGAUGCUCAUCUCUGCCUGGUGAGCCACCGCCCGUGGCUCCGGGACCCGGGGUGGCCUGGGAGAGGAGGCAGCAGCUGCGGGGCCCACGGAGCCAAGUGUCUGUCCCCCCGCCCCUGCACUUGGACUAUGAGUGUCCUCCCAAGGCGGGCCAGGGGCCCCGGGGAGAGCCGUGCGUGGCUUCUGCCCUGCAGACGGGAGGCGAGAACCAGGGUGGCAGGAGCGUUGUCCUGUCCCUCCAUCGUCGUCGUGACUGCUGAGUGCUUGGCUGCACCCCCCGUGCCACAGCACAGUGCCUGGCAAGACACCCCCAGCCGCCGCCCGACACAGGUGCCACUGCCAUUAACGGUCGCCAAUAGCUUAGGGCAGCCCUUUCGGAAGGGCGCCCUGCCGGAUGCCGGCCUGCAAGAAGCUUUGGGAAGAAGAAAGGGUUUUGUGGUCAAAUAAUCUUGGGGAAUGCUGCAUACUCUGGCCCCCGAUGCUGGCCAUUCACGAGAGCCGUUGUUGUCAUAAAGGCUCUGACAAGUCCUGUAGAAAGGCUUCCUGUCAGACCCUGUUGAACUCCAUGUUUCCUCAACUUAUUUGACCACAGACCCCUUUUCUCGAGGAACAGCUAUGAACCCCCAAAGAUCUGCCGUCUCCUCAAGCACGUUUUGGGAGAUGCUGACCGGGAGCCAGGGGGCCCAAGGCACAAGUGGGCCCCUCCCAGCACCCAGGAAGGCCCAGUGUCGCGUGCCACCUACGGAGAGCCCCCGGCCAUGGGCAUCGGUGCCGCUUUGGCCCUCAGGGGCCGGACUCCAUGUGACCUGAUAGGUCGUUUUCCAAGUCCCCGUUCUGGCUGUGCGUUUCACGUGACAAUACAGAGGACUUGCAGCGGA